AUGGAAGGCUCAAACACCGUCCGCAUCACAGCCGGGCCGUAUCAAUUCCGCGCGACUUUCGAGUCAAAUGCGCCCAAAACAGUCGAGCUCUUCCGCACGCUACUCCCGUACCGCCAAAAGCUCAUUCAUGUGCGAUGGAGCGGCGAGGCGAUGUGGAUUCCAUUGGGUGAGACGGAUUUCGGUGUCCCAUUCGAGAAUCAUACGGCCCAUCCGGCGCCGGGCCAAAUUCUAUUGUAUCCCGGAGGAAUCUCAGAGACGGAGUUUCUAUUUUGCUACGGCGGUGUUGCCUUCGCGAGCAAGAUGGGACCGCUGGCAGCGAAUCACUUCUUGACUAUAACUGAAGGAGGCGAGAAACUACACGACUUGGGACAGUUGGUUUUGUGGGAAGGCGCUCAGGAUGUGCUGUUCGAGCUGGUCGAGAAUCAGACGUAA